CCCAUUGGGCGGAAUCCUCCAGGCGCUUGACAUCGAGCGCGUAGCGUUGACUGAAACCAUAGGCGUGGUUUUUGGAUAGAGAUGCUCCGUCUGCUCCCGCUGGGAUCCCCACCUGCCCUCACACCGCGUCUGUCACAGCGCCAGCUGGCGUUCUCCUCUGCUCCACACACAUCACACCACACUUCUGAUUAGUUCUCAUCUGUGCCACAGAAGAUACACGCUCGUGGGUUUUUUUUUUCUUUUCGUUUUUUUUCCCGUCGUGUAAUUGCAGAUCAGAGGGGGGGGGGGGACUCCGGGUUCGAUCACCCUCCACUCCCCGGAUCGGCGGCGAAGAAGGCGCGCAGCCCCGUCGGUGGAGACAACAGGAGCGGACAGUCGCUCGGCCUCCUGGCAGCAGCAGCGAGGGAAGGAAGCACGGCAGAGACCCUGGUUCAUGUGUAGGGCUGCUCGACGCGCAAGUCGUGCCCGCAGCGGUUCCCAAGGAUGGAAAAUACAUGCAGAAUACCCAGGAGGUGCCUCUGGCUCGGUUUACUUAUGGUGGCUUCUGUUGUACCUUCAGUGGAGAGCAAGAGAGCCAGGCAGCAGCGCUGUCCCAUGUCAUGCACAUGCACCAAAGAUAACGCGUUGUGCGAAAGCGCAGUGUCGAUUCCUCGCAGCUUUCCCCCCGAUGUCACAUCUCUAUCAUUCGUCAAGUCGGAAUUCACCGAAAUCGCCAAGGAGAGCUUCAUCCACACCCCUGCCCUGCAUCUCCUCCUGUUCACAGCAAACAACCUGGAAUCUAUAAACGAGGACGCUUUCCUAGGACUUCCUCAUCUUGAAUAUCUAUUCAUAGAAAACAACCAAAUCCAGUCGAUAUCACCGUAUGCUUUCCGAGGUCUGAAAACCCUGGUCCACCUGAGUCUGGCCUACAACAAUCUGGAGACUCUCCCCAAAGAUUUGUUCAAAGGUCUCGAGGCCUUGACAAAAGUAGACUUGCGUGGGAAUCAUUUCUUGUGUGACUGUAAGCUGAAGUGGUUAGUGGAGUGGAUAUACGGCACCAAUGCCACCGUGGACCAGAUUUACUGCAAGGGCCCGGCCUCACAGCUGGACAAGAGGAUCAAUGACCUGUCGUCGCAGUCCUUCGACUGCAUCACCACAGAGUUUGCUCCCUACCAGUCCCUGAAAUUUGAAUCCAUAUCAGUGGAAGCGUUUUCUUUCCGGAAUGACCAGUAUGUCGUCUUUGCCCAGCCAUUUAUCGGGAAGUGUGGUUUCCUUGAAUGGGAUCAUGUUGAGAUGAACUUCAGAAACUUUGACGAUAUUGACAGUACAUCCACUGUGAUCUGCAAACCUCUCGUCAUUGACAACCAGCUGUUUAUCAUCGUGGCUCAGCUGUUUGGAGGCUCCCACAUCUACAAGCGGGACACCUCUGCCAACAAAUUCAUCAAGCUUCAAGGCAUUGACGUCCUGAAAAUCCGCAAGCCAAAUGACGUUGAGACGUUCCGGAUCGAUGGAGAGUCUUUCUUCGUCAUAGCUGACAGCUCCAAGGCUGGCUCCACCACCAUCUACAAGUGGAACGGCAAUGGCUUCUACUCCCAUCAGUCCCUCCACCCGUGGUACCGCGACACUGACGUGGAGUACCUAGAGAUCUCCUCCAAACCUCACCUGAUCCUGUCCAGCAGCUCCCAGAGGCCUGUCAUCUACCAGUGGAACAAAGCCACCAAGCAUUUUGACAGACGAACCGACAUCCCGGAGAUGGAGGACGUUUAUGCCGUCAAGCACUUUCAGGUCAAGUCUGAUCUCUACAUUUGCCUGACGCGCUUCAUUGGUGACUCCAAGGUGAUGCGCUGGGAUGGCGCCCUCUUCAGAGAAUUACAGACCAUGCCCUCCCGAGGCUCCAUGGUGUUCCAGCCCUUCACUGUGGGCAGCUGGCAGUACGCCAUUCUGGGCAGCGACUACUCUUUCACCCAGGUGUACCGCUGGGAUGGCAAGAAGGGCGAGUUUGUUCGCUUCCAGGAGCUGAACAUUCAGGCGCCAAGGGCAUUUUCUCCAGUUUCCAUUGACAACCGUCAGUUUCUGCUGGCCUCCAGUUUCAAAGGGAAAACUCAGAUAUACGAGCAUUUAGUCAUUGAUCUGAGUAAUUGAUUGUUUUUAUUUUUUAUUGAAUGGUUAGUUAUUUUUGUGAUCUUUUUUGUGUACAUACAAAAGUCUGUAAUAGGAGAUUGAGAGCUAAGCAACUCAGAAAUUUAUGGUCCUAACUUUAGAAAUUUAUAUUCACUCAUUUUUAAAAAUCUAUCACAAUUUCUGCAUGACAAGUUUAAAGAUAAAUACGUUUCUCAAGCCACAUAUCUGAUUGAGAGGCAUGUAUCCUAGGUUAACAUUAGAUCCAAUAUUUUCUCAAAACAUAAAUGUACAAAGGGCCAGAAGCUGGCUAACAACCCAACCCAACAAAUCUAAAACUGGCCUUAAAAUGUUUACACCAAUUUGUGAUCAAGCUUUUACAAUAUUUAACAGUUUAUACAGGUAUUCUCUAAUAUUACAUAAUGAUUUACAAAAGACAAAAUCUACUUUUUAAACUAUUAACAUGUUCUAACUGAACAAAUCUGCCGAAUCACAAUGUUUACAUUUUUCUGUCUUUCCAUUUGUACGCUGCAAAUAUUUGUAAAAUAUGCUUUUGUAAGUGUAGAGAUGGUCCAGGGCAGACAGGGUUGUAUUUGUUAAAAGACGAUAGGAUUGUGUUAUGCAAAAAAAUUUAAGAGGAAAAAGAAAAAUUUCCUAAGUGUUUGAUACCGUUUUACCAUAUUCCUAAAGUUUAGAUCCAAAAGUUUACUUUAAAUUUGUGGCAGAUAUCUCUACAGUGGCUUCAAGUAUAGAGCGGACAAAAACCAUAACUGUAGGGAAGGAUGGAUGCAUCAACUUGGAUGGAGAAACUAGAGCAUAUAUAGGUUUAGGCAUAAUUCAGUAGUAGGAAAAUGGUUAUGCAGGCAUAUUGAUGGAUAGAUUAAAUGCACAGGUGAUACCGUUUAUGGAUAAUGACAAAUGGUUGAAAUAAUGUACCAAAAGAUGGAUGGACAGAAUGGAGUAUGGACAAAUGAGCAGAUGCACAAAAAGUGGAUUCAUGAAUAAUGAGCAAAAAAUUAUAGAAGUAUAGACAUAACGAGGAAUAUCUGGAUGGACAAACAGAUGAAUGGAUGAACAAUCAUAAGCAAAUGGACAGACUGAUGAAUGUACUAAUUGGAUGAAAGGAUGGACAGACAAGCUGAAAGAUAGAUGGACAUUGAACCACUUGUCCUGGGAAGAAUUUGGAUAUACACAUCUUUCAAGGAUCAGCUUUGAUUUUCUGUUCCCUUCCAGACUGGGAACACACCUGAAUCUUAUUCCAGGCUGAGUAGAAACUCUGCAUACAGAUAUAUUGUUAGUCUACCUGUAUAUCCUUGCAACUUCCGUUUUUAUUGUUAAUGGUUUGUAAAGUGUUUAAAGUAUUGAGCAGUUUUUCAUAACUGGCAACUAUGAACUAUUUUUGAGCUCCUUAAAAAGAUACUGAAAUGAAAAAGAGACUGUUCAUAUUCCUUAACUAUGACGUGCACAAAAUUCAUCAUUUGUGUCAUGACUAAGAUGAACCUUAUGUUAUUUGGAGUCAACAAAAGAGUUACUUAAUCUGAGAGCUUCCUGCAUAUUAACUUCAGUGUUACAUUGUGAAUAGAGAUGGCAGAGGAUGUCUGCGUCAACCUUUCAGAAUGUGUCGUGCAGUUGUGAUAAAAUGAGAAAGUAAAUAAAUACAAACAAAUAAAAUUCUUUUAAUCUUCUCCAACAAAGUGCACGCCUCAAAUCUACAAAGCAGCACAUUACAAUGUAAUGAAAUAAAUACAACUGAAUAAAAAAAAAAAAAAAGUAAGGAGA